AUGGCUGAAGAACCCGAACAAAUUGUUCCGAACAUGGAUUCGAAAAGCAGGAGAUCGUUUGGAGAUGGAUUGCGCAGGGUGGUCAAGAAAUUUACGACCCGAAAGGGACUUAUCGGCGAAUAUAACUAUGCCUUCUUAUUCACGCCGAACCUCCCAUUGAUGACAUCACGACAGCGGUCUGCGCCCUUUUUCGGCCUGGAUGAUAGGAUGCCGGUGGUUCUGGCGCUGAUUCUGGGUUUGCAGCAUGCGCUUGCGAUGUUGGCGGGGAGUAUGUCAAAUCUCUUUCCCCUCUGCUUUCUUCCACCACAUAGCACUCUGCGCGGAGAAGGAGGAGAAGGAGGAGGAGGAGAAGAAGAAGAAGAAGAAGAAGAAGAAGAAGAAGAAGAAGAAGAAGAAGAAGAAGAAGAAGAAGAAGAAGAAGAAGAAGAGCUGAUCACAAAACACCAAAACCCAGUAAUAACCCCCCCAAUCCUCAUCUCCAGCUCCAGCGCCGCCACCCUCCCCCCCUCCGCCAGCCAAUACCUCGUCUCCACCUCCCUAAUCGUCUCUGGCUUCCUCUCCUCCAUCCAAAUGGCCCGCUUCCACCUGUACAAAACCCCCUACUACGUCGGCACAGGCCUGCUCUCCGUCGUUGGUACCUCCUUCGCCACCAUACCAGUGGCCGUGGGCGCCUUCGCCCAGAUGUACGCAUCGGGCUACUGCCCCAUCGACAAGGAGACGGGCAUCCAUCUGCCCUGCCCCCACGGCUACGGCGCAGUACUGGGCACGUCGUGCCUGUGCGCGCUGCUGGAGGUCGGCCUGUCGUUCACGAGCACGCGGGGUCUGAAACGGCUGUUCCCGCCGCUGGUGACGGGGCCGACCGUGCUGCUAAUCGGGGUGAAGCUGAUUGAGAGCGGGUUGAGGAAUUGGGCUGGUGGCAGCGGGCCGUGCGCGUCCCGGCCCACGGAGACGGUGUACAUGCUCUGUCCCACCAGUGAUGCGCCGCACGCAUUGCCCUGGGGCAGCGCGGAGUUCAUCGGGCUGGGCUUCCUGGUGUUCCUGACGAUAAUCCUAUGUGAGCGCUUUGGGUCGCCGAUCAUGAAGUCCUGCGCUGUCGUGCUGGGGAUGCUGGUUGGAUGUGUCGUUGCGGCUGCGUGUGGUUACUUUGACAGGUCCGGUGUUGACUCUGCGCCCGCCGUGUCGUUUGUGUGGGUGCACACGUUUCCCCUGAGGCUUUAUCCACCCAUCAUCCUGCCGCUGCUGGCGGUGUAUAUCGUGCUGAUGAUGGAGGCCAUUGGCGAUAUUACGGCAACCUGCGACGUGUCGCGGUUGGAUGUUGAGGGGCCGCUGUUCGACUCCCGGAUUCGGGGGGGCGUGUUGGCGGAUGGCAUCAAUGGGUUACUUGCGGGCCUGUGCACGAUCACGCCCAUGUCUGUGUUCGCGCAGAAUAACGGGGUGAUCUCGCUGACGCGCUGCGCUAAUCGGCAGGCGGGGUAUUGCUGCUGCAUCUUCCUGGUGGUGAUGGGGAUAUUCUCGAAAUUUGCUGCAGCAUUGGUUUCGAUUCCUUCCGCGGUGUUGGGGGGGAUGACGACGUUUUUGUUUUCGAGUGUUGUAGUGUCUGGGAUGCGGAUUAUUGCUACGAUCCGGUUUACGAGGAGGAAUCGGUUUAUAUUGACGGCGACGUUGUCGUUGGGGAUGGGGGCGACGCUUGUGCCGGAGUGGUUUGCAUUUGUGUUUACGUACCAGGGCGGGAAUAAGGCGAAGCAGGGGUUGUUGGAUGCUGUGGAGUUGGUGAUGACGACUGGGUUUGCGGUUGCAGCGUUUAUCGCGUUGGUUUUGAAUCUGGUGUUGAAGGAAGAGGAGGAGGAAGAGGAAUGA